AUGUCUUUGAACACUAUUCGUGAUGAUAAAAAUGUUUUCAAUACGACUUCAAAUGAAAAAGAUACAGACAAGCCGUUCACCAUCCUGGCGCCUCAAAAUUCAGCCACCAAACGCGCCGAAAACUUGCUGCACCAGCCGGAGCUGGUGAAAAAGUUACUACUCGACCAUGUGGUGCUCGGAUCCUUGAUCGACUUGACGAACAUCACGUCCGACAUUACCUUCAAAACUUUGGGAGGAAACACCGUCAAAGUGAGGCCAACUAAAGAGGACAACAGCAAACUCAAGGCCAACGAUGCAAACGUUAUAGAAAGAAAAGUUUUGGUCCCGAACGGUUUAUUAGUAGUCCUCGAUAACUUCCUCUUUCCGCAAGAGCAACCAAUAAAAAGAAACGCGUCGCAGGGAAAGCUCAGCGAUGUGACGUCGUUCGCAGCGACGAAGGAGAGCAGUAAAAAUCAAUCGAACACCACGUUCGUAGAGAAUAUUAUGGAGGUACUUUCGUUCCUGAAGAGCGGCGUCAGGGUCUUUCAACACUUCUUAUCGAGAUCGAAUGUUUCCAAGUUGCUGCAUGAAGAUAAGGACUAUACCGUGUUCAUUCCAACCGACUACGCUUUUCAGAGGUGGCAUCCUAUUGAUUGGGGUUUUUAUCCAUUCAGCGUUCCGGAAUUCACGGAGAGCAUCAUCGUUAAUCACUUCGUCGAGGGCCGAUUGAAACAAGACAUGAUCAAAGAUGGACAAGUCGUAAAAACUCUGGGAGGAAGAGAAAUUGUCUUCAGGAAGACUCCUGCUCUUGUCGUCAACGGAGCCAUGGUCGUCAAAGGCGAUACCCCCGUAGCCAAAGGAAACAUAAUGUUCAUAGGGGAGGUGUUAUUCGUUAGCGAGUCCAUAGUAUCGAAAUUGCACCAACAGCAUAAAGACAAGGAGACCCCUCCGCUUCUGGCAUUCCCUUGGUUCGGAGCUCAAUUUUUGUCCCACGCCUUCCUAGCACUCGAAAGAGAUAAAAGGUUCACCCAUAUAACCAGGUUUUUGAAUCUCGCAGACCUAGCCCCGCAUGUGUCUGGUACCGGAUAUACUUUUUUCGUACCAAUAGACCCUGCAUUCGAAGAACUCGGACUAGACAAGAUGCCGGACAACUAUUUGUCUACUGGAGACGGUUUGCAAAUUCUACUUAAUCAUUUCGUCAAGGGAAGAAUGUACGACAGGGAUUUAACGGAUGGAAGCAAGUUGAACACGCUGGGAAAUAAGACCAUUGUUGUGAAAAGAACGAAAGAUCAAGUUCGAGUAAAUGAUGCAAUAAUUGUGAAAAGUGAAGUUUUUGUAUACAAUUUAGGAACGAUGUUUUACAUAGACAAAGUUUUGUUCACAAAUUCCAACACCCUGUCCAACACGAGCACACAAUUCAAUAAAACCACGAAUCAUGGAUUCACUACGGAAGCAAACGUGGAAAAGGUACCAGAAGAGUUGAUAGAGGAAUCAGGAACACUGCCAGAUGUUCUGUUGGCUGACAGCACCAGCAUUGACAAUGAAACAGAAGUUGUAACGAUAUCGACACGAAAUAACACGAUAAAAUAAAGUUCAUUUUUGUCAGUACCAAGUUGGAUAGUCUGGAACCGUGUUACUUUGAAAAAAAUGUAUUAGUUUCCAAGUGAUAUUUAAUUUCCUCAAAUUGAUUUAACUAUAUCGAAAUGUUUUGAAUAUAAAAAUAGCAUUUUCUGUUUUGAAGCUAUUUUCCAGGUUUGUUGGUCAUGGUCUGCAGGUUUUCAUGCAUGAUGUUUCGUCUACAACUGCGGCAGACACUGAUGAAGAUAAUGAGUCUACGAAUUACUCGAGUUGCUCUCAUUGCGGAUAAUACGUUAUUAGAAUUCGACUUCAAUUUCAUUCCAUCAGUGGUGGUCGUGCCUUCAUUUCUACUGAUUGUACUGAAUGGCCUCAUUUAUGUGCAAUUAUGAACGGGUAGCGAGAUUCUAUUUAUGUUAAUUCCCUCUUCCUUUCUGUUGAAACUUUUUGUGUUUAUGAAACGUCAAUAGAAAAGAAGAGAGGUUUAACAUGAAUAAAAUCUGGCUACCUGUCAUUAAUUGCAAACAAGUGAGGUCAUUUAGUGCAAUCAAUAGAACCGAAGCCGCGCCGAUCACUAAUGAAAUUAAACCUGAGAAUAAUUCCGAAAACGUAGAGUCUGCCGUGUGAACAACCUGAGACUCUGUAUUUUACCUUAUCGCCUUUGAUAAUAUCGACCGCAGUAGUAGACGAAACUUAUCGGGAAUAAACUUGCAGACCACGGCCAACAAACCCGGAAAAUAGCUUCGAUACAGUUUCUCCUGCCGUGAAAGUUUACACUCUGAUUCUCUGUUUCAGUUUUUACAUUAAAAUUCAAAAAGAAAUGUCUGCUAAUUGUCGAAUACCCCUUUUGAUAGAAGGGUAAGCUCAAGUUACACAAACAAAAUACAUUUGAGUAAUAUUCAUAUCUUUAUUGAUAAGGCUUUAUACGUUAAGUAGAUUUUAAUCGAUGUGAGACAACUGGAGACUAUAUAAAAAUAUGUAAACAGAAAUAAAAGAUGUUAAUAUAAGAAUAUUUUACUAUGUAUAUAUGGUAAUAUUGAAUUAUUUAUGUAUUUAAAAAAUAAAUUUUAGCAACAAUGACUGAUGAAUGUUAAAGUAACAAUUUGCAAAUAUUUGAAUAUUUCGUGAAUUGAUUUAUAUUUCUAUGAAAAUAAAAAUGUCUGUUAAACUAGUACAUAGUUGUAUGCUGUGAGUAAUUCUUUUUGAAAUAUGAGAGUACAGUCAGUAAGAAAAUGCAUGAGCGUGAUUUUGGUUGAAAAAAACCUUUUAUUUUUAAUCUUGAAUGUUUGUGCUCAUUUAUUUGAAAUACUACACUCCUUUCAGUUUCUCUAAUAAAACAUUUUGAUUGGAAAAUGAUUGCUCAUGAACAUAAAGAUACGUCAACAUUCUUAUCAUUUGAAACAACCAAUUCAAUCAACUUUGAUACUGUUACUUUGAAUCGUUGAAAUUGGUUUCAGGUCAGCCAGUUCAUUUUUCUCAUUUCGAAAAUGACUGUGCAUGGAACUCAUUAGAAUACUAGAAAAGAAUAAGUAACCUCAUUCAAGUCAUCCUGUCAUCGAACUGGACAAAAAUAUGAGGCUGUUCAAGGUCAGAUGAACGUGACAAAAACUCUAUACGACCAUUUCUACAAUUUUUUGAAUGUAAACUAGUAAUUAUUGUACAAAUAUUCAGUAAGAAGAAUUAUUUCUCUCCAUUUACUAAGUACUAAUUGUAUGUACCAUUUUAUUUGUGUCCGAGAAUAUCUCAUUGUUAAUAAAUCGAUUCUAAUUUA